GGGGGAGGCGCGGGCCUGGGCGUCCAGCCCCGGCGCACAGCCGCGGCCGGGGCGCGCGGCGCGGGGCGGAAAAGCCUGUUUACACAGACUGCACACCGCCUGGGGAAUAAUGCAGUAAAGGAAGUGAGCCGGCUCGGCCUGACUGCUCCAACUUCCUGCUCUCACACACACCAGAGGGGAAAAAAAAAGAGGAGCGAGAGAAAGAAAAAAAGGGGGAAAAAUCAGGAUCUCAUUACAAGAGCCACAGACCGUCUGCAGACGCCUGUCAGCAUGGAAAGUCGGGGGCUUUCGCCCGGGUCCUCCUAGAAAUUCCCCCCGAAGAAGACUUCCCCACAUCUGGAAGACCAAUAUGGUGCUGUGAAAUGUUGCAAAACAUGACCUGAUGACAACCCAAAACACUUCAUAGAAAACUAUCCAAGAAUGUGACUUCCUGGAGUAGAGUCUUUUUUCACUGAGGGUAUGGAGAGUGCAAUCACGCUGUGGCAGUUCCUGUUGCAGUUGCUGCUGGAUCAGAAACAUGAGCAUUUGAUCUGCUGGACCUCGAACGAUGGUGAAUUCAAGCUCCUCAAAGCAGAAGAAGUGGCCAAGCUGUGGGGACUCCGAAAAAACAAAACAAAUAUGAACUAUGAUAAGCUGAGCAGAGCCCUGCGAUACUAUUAUGACAAGAACAUCAUCAAGAAGGUGAUCGGCCAGAAGUUUGUGUACAAGUUUGUCUCUUUCCCGGAGAUCCUGAAGAUGGAUCCUCACGCGGUGGAGAUCAGCCGGGAGAGCCUUCUGCUGCAGGACAGCGACUGCAAGGCAUCUCCGGAGGGCCGCGAGGCCCACAAACAUGGCCUGGCUGCCCUCAAAAGCACGAGCCGCAACGAAUACAUCCACUCAGGCCUGUACUCGUCCUUCACCAUUAAUUCCCUGCAGAACCCACCAGAUGCCUUCAAGGCCAUCAAGACGGAGAAGCUGGAGGAGCCGCCUGAAGACAGCCCCCCCGUGGAAGAAGUCAGGACUGUGAUCAGGUUUGUGACCAAUAAAACCGACAAGCACGUCACCAGGCCGGUGGUGUCCCUGCCUUCCACGUCAGAGGCUGCGGCGGCGUCCGCCUUCCUGGCCUCAUCCGUCUCGGCCAAGAUCUCCUCUUUAAUGUUGCCAAACGCUGCCAGUAUUUCAUCCGCCUCACCCUUCUCAUCUCGGUCCCCGUCCCUGUCCCCCAACUCACCCCUCCCUUCUGAACACAGAAGCCUCUUCCUGGAGGCCGCCUGCCAUGACUCCGAUUCCCUGGAGCCCUUGAACCUGUCAUCGGGCUCCAAGACCAAGUCUCCAUCUCUUCCCCCAAAGGCCAAAAAACCCAAAGGCUUGGAAAUCUCAGCGCCCCCGCUGGUGCUCUCCGGCACCGACAUCGGCUCCAUCGCCCUCAACAGCCCAGCCCUCCCCUCGGGAUCCCUCACCCCAGCCUUCUUCACUGCACAGACACCAAAUGGAUUGCUUCUGACUCCGAGUCCGCUGCUCUCCAGCAUACAUUUCUGGAGCAGCCUUAGUCCAGUUGCUCCGCUGAGUCCUGCCAGGCUGCAAGGGCCAAGCACGCUGUUCCAGUUCCCCACACUGCUUAAUGGCCACAUGCCAGUGCCAAUCCCCAGUCUGGACAGAGCUGCUUCUCCAGUACUGCUUUCUUCAAACUCUCAGAAAUCCUGAUGACGUCUGGCCACAAUUAAGGACUCAUUAACUGAUGAAACAAAUUUGUCCCCAUGGGCUAGUUUACCUGUGUCAUGAAAAGGACAUUGUGAAACUCUGUUAAUUUGGUUUGCACUUUUCAUAACAUGGAUAGUCUAGAUUUAUGUUAGCAUUUUAAAAACUGUUUUUGAUAUAUUCAAGUAUAUAUGAAAAUCUGUUUUGCAUUAAGUGAAUUUUAAUGUUUUUGUUUUUAUAUCCUUUUAGCUCUUAAGUGUUGAACACUGUUGACAGUGAAGAACUUUUCUUAAUGGUUUUCAGUAUAACUAAUAAGGAUGUGAAGCUUUUUUCUCUUUAGUUCUGAGUAUGCUAAACUGUGUGCUUAUAUAGACUAUAACCAGCUGUGCCUUCCUUUGCAUUUAAUGUAAAUGAUUUAUAUAUUUUUUAGUAUUAAGAGGAAAUGUUUGUUUGAAAGAUGAAAAUUAGUAUCAAACAGCUCUCUAGUAGAAUUUCAUUAUUUUUCACCAGUGAAAGCAUAUUCAUAUCACGUUUUUUUUACUUUCAAUUGUAUAAGAAUUGCCUUAGAACCUCUUUUGAACUGAAAUUCAGUAAAUGUCCAAGUAAUGUUUUUAUAAUAAACUAAGCCAUAUUUAGACAAUAAACAUUGAUAAAAGAAAAUGUUCUAAAGUACAUUUUCAAAAGAAUGAACCUUGAAAGGCUAGCCUCCUUAGUUGUUUACAGUAUCUUUUAGAUGCCUCCCAGACAAAAAUCUGAGAUGGAAAAGCUACAUCAAGUUCAUCCUAUUCCAGGCCCGAGAAUAUCUCCUAGGUUAGCAUAUUCUUAUUUCAAAAAAUUAGCCCUGGUUUUCUCAAUUUUCCAUAGGGAAUCCCAACCAUCUGAUGUAUUUACUGUGUCAGUACAAGUUGGGGUUCCCCCGGAACUAUAAUUAUUAACAUGUAAAAAAUCUAAUGCUUUAGAAGAAGCUCACAGAGUGGUGAUGAACCCAAACAAACAACAAAGAAACCAUUUUUAACACUCGGUAUCUUCAUCAGUGUAGGUAGCUAUUCACAAUUUUUGAUGGAUCAAAAACUUGCUGUAAUACAAAUAGAGAACUGGAGGUACUAAAGGCCUUGCUUGUGGAAAUUGAGAGAGGAUACACUGCUUUACGUAUUACUAAAGUUAUGGGGAGAAUGAAGGAAAUCUGACAGAUGAGAAAUUCUACAGGAACCUCAUCAUCGUGGAACUGAACUGAUAACAACUUGGAACACUCCAGUAAAUUCUGUUGUGUAAUGUAAUUUGGAGCAGUGAUUGAUAAUACAGACAUAUUUUCUGUUCCAUCAGAAAAUCAGCAGGCACCAGUCCAAAGGUACCACACCUGUACAUGAAAAAGGAAAGUUCUAAUACAAGAAAACUGAAAAGCACCAAGCUUUAAAUUCAAGAUUAAUUAUAAUCCUUAACUAUAAGUGAUAAAAACUAACUUGAAAUGUGACUAAAUAACUGAUCCAAACUGGGCAUUAAGUGGCAGGAUUAUGAGAAAGGAUAAAAAAAUGAGGUUUGAGAAAACACAUUUCUUGAAUUUUCAGAAAAAAAUCUAGACUAUUGCUUUGAUACUUAGAAAUUCUGAGGUUUUUCAAUUGGAAUUGAGCAUCUCUGUAUGUGGGGAUGUGGGCCCUUAUCAAGGGAUAAAAAUCCAAACACUCUAAUAUGCCUCCUUGACUGUAAUGACACUGGUUCCAAAAUUCACGAAUAGACACUACUGUCCCCCUACCCCCACCCCAUAGGCUAAGAAUAAUUCUGUACCAGAAUAAAAGGAGCUGGUCCAGGGAACUGAUAUUUACUGAACAUACAAAGUUAGUGCUAGAAGGGGCCUUUGAGAAUGAUUCCCACCACCUGUUUCCAGCUCAAGACAGGUGCACAGCAGAAGCUGGGAGUUGCCUAAGGCUGCACAGCUCACUGAAGGUAAAACUGAUUGGUGCUCAGUCCAAUUCUGUCUCCCCCAUGCCUAGCUGUAAGUAAUUACUCGUUCAAAACUAUGUGUUAUUAGUAAAACAAAACAGAUAAAGACAGAGCAUUUAAAAUUGUGUUGUCAGAUAACAGAACACAUCCAAAAUGCAUGAUUCUUAUAAAGGAAGUUAAUGUGCAAAAAUCUCAACCAAAAAUACUAUUUUUAGUAUACUUGUUUGUGUAAAUGCUGAUUGGAAAUAUUUAAAUGACUACAGAUCUGAUUCUUACUUUCUUUUCCUUUGGAAACUGGGAUUAAUGUAUGCCCUAGAUCCAUUUAUUAGAAAUGCAAAAAUACUACAACUUUUUGAUGGAUGAAAAUACUCCUGUAACACAAAUAGAGAAUGGAGAACUGAAGAAUAACUCGUAUAGCUCUGCCUCAUUCUGUGUGUGCGUGUGUGUUGUGUGUGUGUUAGCAGAAGUAUUUUACUCAGAAAAUAGGUUUCAAAGAACAUUAAUGACUUUCUUUUCCUUUUUAUGUCUGUUUAAUCAGUGUUAAACUGCUAUGGGAAAAGUUUUAUAGAACUAUAUAACCUGAAUGUUGGUCUCUUUGUACACAUCUUUUCUAUGACUGCAAAUCUUCAUUCACUUUUCAUAUAUGUAUCAUUUUUACUGUCAUAUUAUUUUUGUUCAAUAAAAACUUUUGUGAUAAAA